GUGCUGCUCAGUAAACCAGCAUCAGUUCAUAACAAACUUUCACAGCGUUAACACACUUUUUCCAACACACAAGAAUUAAAGAAUUUUUUUAUUUAGCAAAUUCUACAACUUUCAAAAAGAAUAUUAGAAUUUUCCAAUUCACCAAUAACAACAAAUCAAAAUGUUUACGGAUACAAAGAACUUGGCAAAUUUAACGGUAAACACCUCAAAUGCGGCCGCCAAACAAAUCAACACCCACUCAUCAGAAGAUGAAAAGUUUAAAUUGAAAAAAAUGUGGAAACCCAUAUUACGGUUAAUGUCGCGAAAAUCAGCUUUGGCGAAAAAUGGCAAACGUGACAAUAGCAGCUCCAUACCAAACAAUGUAAAUCUCAACAAUGCCUCCCAAUAUAACAGUUCAAAUAAGGAUAGUUUAGCAGCAUUAGAAGACAGCAUUAGCAGCAGUAUUCAAACACAUAAACUGCCUUUGGCGGAAUAUUGGCAAACCCAGCAACAACAAACAACCUCACAACAAGAGACUUCAACAAAACCUUUGGAAUUUAUCAGAAAAGCUAGCAUAGAUAAAACUCCCUUGGAUACCUGUACGAAUUGUGUUUAUGGACGCAAUUGUCAACACACACAAUUCCAUCAAACACAAACAACACUGGAUUUAAAUCUCUCACCCUACCACCAACAUCACCAUCAGCAGCAAAAUUUCAAUUAUUUUGAUGCCGAAGAUGGUUGCUUCGUUUGGUCUGAUAAUAUGGCAGAUAUCGAUGAAAAUGCUUUAAGAGAAUGGUUUUGGCAAAAUUCUUGGCAGUUUGCAGAAAAUGCAACCAUGUGUUGAAGAAAACCUACCAAACAAACAAACAUCCUCCUUCUCCUCCUCAUCAUCAUCAACAUUAACUACAACUCUGUGUUGUUGUCAAUACAACUCUGUUACAUUGUAAACACAGUGUUGCAUUUGAUGUUAUUCCUUCUUAACGGAAAUAUCAAUAAGGAUCUCAAAACUAAAUGUUGCUCAAAAUGUUAGUGAAUUUUUUUUACAAUCAUACCCACCAUAUCCCAAAACCCAAACAAACGCCUUUAGCUUAGUUAUAAUUUAAUUAUUUAGUUAAUAGUAGUAUUUAAUUGUUUAUUUAAACUGUUGUUUUUUGCAAUAAUAAUUUAAUUGUGAUAAUGUUAUUAGUUAUUUGUUAGUUAUAAUAAUAUAAAAUGAAUAAAAUAUUUUAUAUAAUUUAUAAAUAUAUAAUAAGACCAGUGCAAAAAUGAAAAGAAUGGAAGACAUGAAACAUAUAUAUAAAUAUAAAGAAGACAUUGAAUCGUAAAAGAAAA